AUGAAGGCUUUGGGUGCCAUAAACUCCACAAAUCCAUGUCUUCCCAAAACCCAUUUCCUCAAAGUCCCUAUCUUUCACCCCUUUUUCAAAUUCAACCCAUUUUCACACUCCUACGGCACCCAUGGCCAUGCUACAAAGAGAGCUCACAAUCUUCCAUUCACCAUCAGCUGCAAGCUGGAAAGCUCUCAAGACGUGAAAAACAAAGGGAAGAGCGUGUCCCAGAAGAUUGUCUUGUCAGAAGCUUCCCCUCCACCACUGAAUGAGGUUGAUGGCAGCAAUGGUGAGAGUGGGGAUGAUCCAGAAAGCUCGAAGAAAAAAAAGGGAGGCCCUUUUGGGGUGCUGAAGAUGUUGCGAAGAAAGAGUUUACAGAUUCUUUCUAGCUUGCCAUUGGCUAUUGGGGACAUGUUUGCUGCUGCUGCUUUGAUGGCUUUGGGAACAAUUAUUGAACAAGGUGAAACCCCUGACUUUUAUAUCCAGAAAUACCCUGAAGAUCACCCUGUGUUUGGAUUUUUUACUUGGAGAUGGAUUCUCGCCCUUGGUUUUGAUCACAUGUUUUCAUCCCCUGUAUUUCUUGGAGUAUUGGCUCUCCUGGGUGCAUCCCUCAUGGCCUGCACAUACACAACUCAACUCCCCCUCAUUACGGUUUCAAGAAGAUGGUCAUUUUUGCAUUCUGCUGAGGCCAUACGCAAGCAAGAAUUUUCAGAAUCAUUGCCAAGAGCAUCAAUCCAAGAUGUCGGUACUAUAUUGAUGGGAGCUGGAUACGAGGUAUUCUUGAAAGGACCAGCUUUAUAUGCCUUUAAAGGACUUGCAGGUCGGUUGGCCCCUGUUGGAGUCCAUAUAGCACUGCUACUGAUAAUGGCUGGAGGAACUGUUAGUGCUGCUGGGAGCUUCAGAGGUUCAGUCAAUGUGCCCCAGGGGCUGAAUUUUAUUGUAGGUGAUGUUCUGGCUCCUUCCGGCAUUCUCUCCUCCCCAACUGAGGUUUUUAAUACAGAGAUUCAUGUCAACAGAUUCUACAUGGAUUAUUAUGAGAGUGGAGAGGUUUCACAGUUCCACACUGACCUUUCCCUUCGUAACAUGGAUGGAAAAGAAGUAAUGAGGAAAACAAUCAGUGUAAAUGAUCCUUUAAGAUAUGGUGGUAUCACCAUUUAUCAGACAGAUUGGAGUAUAUCGGCUCUGCAAAUUCUUAAGGACAAUGAAGGACCGUAUAACUUAGCUAUGGCACCUUUACAGAUCAAUGGAGAUAAGAAACUUUUUGGUACUUUUCUACCAGUUGGAAAUAUUAACUCUCCUGACGUUAAGGGAAUAUCUAUGCUUGCUCGUGAUCUGCAGUCAAUUGUCCUUUAUGAUACGGAGGGAAAAUUUGUGGGAGUUAGACGGCCUAAUUCAAAGCUCCCAAUCAAUAUUGAUGGCUCGGAAAUUGUCAUUGUUGAUGCAAUAGGAAGUAGUGGCUUGGACUUGAAGACCGACCCUGGUGUGCCAGUUGUAUAUGCUGGAUUUGGUGCUCUUAUGAUCACUACUUGCAUCAGCUAUUUAUCUCAUUCACAGAUAUGGGCUUUACAAGAUGGGACAACAGUCUUUGUUGGAGGGAAGACUAACAGAGCAAAGAUAGAGUUUCCAGAGGAGAUGAACGGCUUACUUGAUAAGGUCCCUGAAAUUGUUGAAUCAACUCUAUCUAAGCAUAGCAUUAAUGGUUAG